GGAGACACGGCCCUGCUCGCCAUUCCUGUAAUGGCUGCUUCCUUGAAGGCGCUGUCACGUGGAACCUCUUAGCCUCAGCAUCCGGAGCUCCUGGAAGGGAGUCGGAUAGAAUUAAAUACCGCUUUCUUUGAAACCUUCAGCCUUCAAGAACCAGCCACCUCAAGAUCUCAACAUCAUGACCUCAGUUUCAACACAAUUGUUCCUGGUCCUCUUUUCAUUGCUUUUGGUGCUGCCUGUUGUUGAAGCAGUAGAAGCGGGAGAUGCAAUCGCUCUCUUGUUAGGUGUGGUUCUCAGCAUUACAGGCAUUUGUGCUUGUUUGGGAGUAUAUGCACGAAAGAGAAAUGGACAGAUGUGACUUUGAAGGGCCUCCUGAAUCAACCCUUGUCCUGAAAACCUUUGUGCUGUUGAGGUUCAGAACUGAGCUUUGGUGUCUGAAAGUUCGCAAGAAACAGUAAAUUGGGUAGUUUCAUAGUCUUGGUUAUUUCCCUGUAAAUAGGAACAAAUUGAUAUACUAUGUUAAAUGGAAAACAAAAUGUUUUCUUCACAACAAAUAAUGCACUGAAAAAUGCUGCCUGUAAUUUGCAUUUGCUAGUUAGAAAGAAGGUCAAAGAAGUGAGACGGCUGAAAUUUGCAUAAGUAAUAUUUCAUAGUUUCAGAAUUCUCAAUAGGAAGAUGGAAACUCUUGUCCAGGAUCCUAGGAAAUUGCCACUGUUCAGUUAUAAUCACUGCCUCCUGCAUCACUGAGGAGUCUUUUCGUAAUAUUUUUAUUGAAUUUUUGUUGUCUGCCAAGUUAAUAUUGUACCUAGAUAUUAAGUACAAUUGGUCAAAAAUUAAAACUUCUCUCUUUGGGGGAAAAAGUUUAGAAAAUGUAUUCAAUGUAUCUAACAUUGAAAUGGAGAAAAGAUUUAAUGUUAAAAAAAAUUACUUGAUAUUGACAUUGAAAUGGAGAAGAGAAUUAAUGUUUAACAAAAAAAAAAUCUUUAUGUUAACUGAGUAACAUCUCCAUGGUGAGAAGUACUAUAUUAAAUAUAAACACCCUGUGUAAGUUAA